AGCCCAGCAUUAUUGGAUCCAGCAGUAGUCCGCUCUUUAACCUCAUAGAAUUUAACACUUCCCAGGAAAAAUAAUUUCGUUUACAAAAUUCACAGACACACAUAUAAAUUAUGGAAGUACAAAUAGGCUGGCAAAAAAUGCUCAAGAUGGGUGCCAAGCUCGUUGGGCACAAAUUCCAGCAGUAUCGUCUGGCCACCAACAACACCAUCGUGCUGGACACGGAAAAUGGCCGGGUGAUGGGUCUGCAGCGCAAGACCCUUUACGACGAGGAGCUGUACUAUGCCUUCGAGGGCAUCCCGUACGCCAAGCCACCCCUUGGAGAUCUCCGAUUCCGUGCCCCAGAGCCGGCAGAGCCCUGGAAGGGUGUGCUAAACUGCACCACCUAUAGAUCGAAGCCCAUGCAGCGGAACAUGGUGAUGGGCAUAAUCGAGGGAUCCGAGGAUUGCCUUCAUUUGAAUGUGUACGCAAAGACGCUUAAGUCGGAGCAGCCACUGCCCGUCAUCGUGUGGAUCUAUGGUGGUGGUUUUCAGAAGGGCGAAGCCUCCAGAGAUAUCUAUAGUCCCGACUACUUCAUGAAGCAGAACGUGGUCUUUGUCUGCAUCAAUUACAGACUGGGCGCAUUGGGUUUUCUUAGCCUCAAGGAUCCCCAACUGGAUGUGCCCGGCAAUGCAGGACUCAAGGAUCAGGUGAUGGCACUGCGCUGGAUCAGCGACAACAUUGCCCACUUCAAUGGCGACCCCAACAACAUCACGCUGAUGGGCGAGAGUGCCGGUGCCGCCUCCACGCACAUCAUGAUGACCACCGAACAGACGCGUGGCCUCUUCCACAAGGCCAUCCUGCAGUCGGGCUGUGCGCUGAGUGAAUGGGUGGAGAGUCCCGAUCGUCAGUGGGCCUUCCGGCUGGCCCAACAGAUGGGCUACAAGGGCGGCGAAAAGGAUGCGGAGGUGCUGAAAUUUCUCAACACAGUCUCAGUCCGGCGGAUAGCAAGCACUGACCAGGACGUCAUUACCAGGGAGGAGGUACGCAACUUUUUGCUGUUCGCCUUUGGGCCAGUGGUGGAGCCGUACGAGACGUCGCAUUGUGUGGUACCCAUCAGACACAAGGACAUGCUUCCCCAUGCCUGGGGCAACGAGAUUCCCGUCAUUGUGGGAGGCAACUCUUUCGAGGGCCUCUUCUCGUAUCAGCUCCUCCGCGGCGAUCCCUGGGCACAGAGCAAUUUCCACAACAUCCUGCCGCGGGAGGUGAGCGAGGCGGCCACCGACGAGGAGCGCGAUGAACUGGUGCGUCGCCUCAAGAAGGUCUACUUCGACGAUGAGGAGCGCGAGAAGAUGGGAUUCUUUGAGGCGCUCAAUAUCUUCUCGCAUCGCCAGAUAUGGCACGAUCUGCAUCGCCUGGUCAUGUCCCGCCUGGCCUACGCCCCCACACAGGCCACAUAUCUGUACCGCUUUGACUUUGAUUCGCCGCACUUCAAUCAGUUCCGUCGUUUGGUCUGUGGCGAUCACAUUCGUGGCGUGGCCCACGCCGAUGAGCUCUCCUACAUGUUCUACAACAUCAUAGCCCCCAAAAUAAGCAAAUCCUCCCCGGAAUAUCACACCAUUGAGCGUAUGGUGGGAAUGUGGACAGCCUUCGCAGCCAGCGGAGACCCCAAUUGCCCGGCCAUUGCCCCAGCCAAAUGGCUGCCCAUUCAACGGACCGACAACGGUGUGGAGUUUUGCUUCAACAUAAGCCAAAAGCUGGAAAUGAUUGAGCUUCCCGAGGCAGGCACACUGGCCGUGUGGGACAGCUUCUAUGCCAGAGAGGCGCUCUAUUAGGUUUACUAUUUGUUUUUAGGGUGUAUUUUAUUAGGUGUACUUCCUGUAGUCCCAAAGAUUGUUGCCAAAAUGUUCAAUGUACAAAAAGUUUUGUAUUUCGCUUGUAAAUUAGACAUAAAAGUGUAAAUUUCAAGAAAA